UUAACGGAUCACGGAUCAGCUGUUCUCAGAUUGUUUAUUUAAAAAAAAAAAUUCAACCUGUUUUCUUGCUUUUAGAAGUAUUUAUGUAUGAUGCUUUAGCUUUAACAUUCCAAGAAUGUGUGAAAGAUUUAUGACAAUCCAUUCACUGAGUUAUGAAUAAUAAAGUAAAAAAGUCCCCUAAGAAAAAACUGCAGUUGGAUCAAACGGUUUGCCAAAAGACCAUAUCGAAAAAAUACAAGAAAAACGCCAAAAGGAGAAGUCGCAGGAAGAAAAGUAAAAGAACAUACUAUAGCAUGCUGAAGAACGAACGGAUCGUAAAAAAUGCUGACGACUUAUGCGACAGGCUUCAGGAGUUUAGUGUGGUCGACUGUAAUAUGAAACCUAUGUGUGAAAUGAACCAGUUGCCCCCUGAAAUUACCGAAUGGCAAAACCAGGACCAAAUAGCUUACUGGAAAUCCAGAGCCAUAACCUUAGAAAUUGAGAACAAAAUGCUUAGGAAACAUCUGCGAAAUGUGUACACCCAACAAAUAGAAUAUUAUCAGCAACCGCAAUGGCAAGAGAUUACACAUAAUGACACCAAUGACUUACCACAAACUUCACAGCCUGAAAAAGAAUGUGUAAAUACUCUGACAAAAUCUGAGACUGAGCCUGAACCUAUGGUCAAUAGGCUGAAAGAAAUGGAAAAAAUUUAUGGUGACAAAGCAGCUAAAAUCAUGGGGAUGGAGACGGCUAUUCAGUUAAAUUAUGAAAAGUUGGUCGAAGAAGGCUCUUUGACCUAUUGGCCUAAUGUCGCUAUAAAUUUAUAGUAAAUUAUUGUAAAAAAUAUAUGUUUUUUGCAGUAAA